AUGGAGGCUCUUCUUUCCAACAUCCACUUUUGGCUGGUGGGCCACCCGACCAUCAGCCAGUACGAGUGGAAAGAAGGCCACACAUUAGGAUCCUCGCGGCUCUUUCCAGCUAUCACCAUCAUCUCCUAUCUCUCCGUCACUCUCUUCCUCCACCGCUUCGCCGUCUUGCCGGACCUCUCCUCCGCGGCCGCCUUCCGCUAUGCGGCCGCCGUGCACAACAUGAUCCUCUGCCUCCUCUCCCUCGCCAUGGCCGUGGGCUCCACCCUUGCCACCCUCCACCAAAUGCCCCGCGACGGCUGGGGAUGGGUGGUCUGCUUCCCUGCGGACCCCGCCACCUUGCCACGUGGACCCGUGUUUUUCUGGGGCUACGUUUGCUAUUUCUCCAAGAUUCUCGAAUUUAUAGAUACCCUUUUGAUCCUCUUCGGCGGGUCCCGCUCCCGCCGCCGCCUCUCUUUCCUCCACGUGUUCCACCACGCCGGCGUGGUGGUCGCCGGCUACCUCUUGUUAGCGACGGCGCAGUCAAUGCUGCCGGUGGCGGUGGCUACCAACGCCGCCGUUCACGUGCUAAUGUACGCCUAUUACUUCCUCUGCGCGGUGGGUCACCGGCCACGGUGGAAGAAAUUGGUCACCGACUGUCAGAUUAUCCAAUUCGUCUUCGGUCUCGUGAUGUCGGGUUUGAUGCUGUAUUAUCAUUUUACCGGGUCGGGUUGCUCAGGAGUACGGGCUUUGUUCUACAACACUGUUUUUGUUGCUGUCCUUCUAACAAUGUUCUUGGACUUUCACUCUACUAAUUAUUCUUCCAAGAAAAGGAAAGAUCACGACAACUAA